AUGCCUGGGCCCCUCCAUGGGGGGGCGACGGGAUCCCCACCCCAGUUCACCCGGCACCAGAAGAGCCCCCCGCCGGCCGGCGACGCCCAGGAGGCUGGGGGCGCGCGGGGCGCCGGGGACGUCGGCACGGGUGACAUCAAGGACGUCGGCACGGGGGACGCCGGGGACGUCAAUACGGGCCACACCAGGGACGUCAAUACGGGCGACGGCAAGGAUGUCAGCGUGGCGGCCACCAGGGACGUCGGCAUGGGCAACACCGUGAACGUCAAUAUGGGCGACGUCAAGGAUGUCAGCGUGGGGGCCACCAGGGACGUCGGCAUGGGCAACACCGUGAACGUCAAUAUGGGCGACGUCAAGGAUGUCAGCGUGGGGGCCACCAGGGACGUCGGCAUGGGCAACACCGUGAACGUCAAUAUGGGCGACGUCAAGGAUGUCAGCGUGGGGGCCACCAGGGACGUCGGCAUGGGCAACACCGUGAACGUCAAUAUGGGCGACGUCAAGGAUGUCAACGUGGGGGCCACCAGGGACGUCGGCAUGGGCAACACCAGGGACAUCAGCAUGGGGGCCACCAGGGACGUCAGCAUGAGGAACACCAGGGACGUCAAUACGGGUGACAUCAAGGAUGUCAGCAUGGGGGCCACCAGGGACGUCGGCAUGGGCAACACCAAGGACAUCAGCACAGGAGACACCAGUGACGUCAACUCGGGCGACGCCAAGGACAUCGGCGUGGGGGACGCCAGAGACAUCAGCAUGGAUGACACCAAGAACAUCAACAUGGGAGACACCGAGGUCCUCAACAUGGGGGACACGAGGGACGUUGGCAUGGGCGACACCGAGGAUGUCACCAUGGGGGACACCAAGAAGGUCAGCACGGGGGACACCAAGGAAGUCAACAUGCAGGCCACCAAGAACAUGGGGAUGGGGGACACCAGGGACGUCAAGACGGGGUCCACCAAGGACGUCAGCACCGGGGGCGCCGGGGACGUCGGCAUGGGGGAC